AUGGUCGUCUCUGCAGUGUUGACAGCGUCCCAUACUGGGGCAUCCAACACAACGUUCGUAGUCUAUGAAAACACCUACGUGAAUAUUACGGUCCCUCCACCAUUCCAGCUCCCUGGAGAUGCUCCGCUGCUGAGAUACAGUGUUGAAACCCUGGCUCCCACUGGGAUGAGUUCCCUAACAAUGAAUAGUACAGCUGUGUCCCCAACACCAGCAGCUUCCAAGAGCCUCAACUUGCCUCUCCAGAUCAUCCUUUCUGCUCUGAUGAUAUUUAUUCUGUGUGUGUCUUUUCUUGGUAACUUGGUUGUUUGCCUCAUGGUUUACCAAAAAGCCGCCAUGCGCUCUGCCAUUAACAUCCUCCUGGCCAGCCUGGCCUUUGCAGACAUGUUGCUUGCAGUGCUGAACAUGCCUUUUGCCUUGGUCACUAUUCUUACCACCAGAUGGAUUUUCGGGAAAUUCUUCUGUAGGGUAUCUGCUAUGUUUUUCUGGUUGUUUGUGAUAGAGGGAGUAGCCAUCCUGCUCAUCAUUAGCAUUGAUAGGUUUCUUAUUAUAGUCCAGAGGCAGGAUAAACUAAAUCCAUACAGGGCUAAGGUUCUCAUUGCAGUUUCUUGGGCAGCUUCCUUUUGUGUAGCUUUUCCUUUGGCAGUAGGGAACCCUGACCUGCAGAUACCUUCCCGAGCCCCCCAGUGCGUGUUCGGGUACACAACCGAUCCGGGUUACCAGGCUUAUGUGAUUUUGAUUUCUCUCAUUUCUUUCUUCCUGCCCUUCCUGGUGAUCCUGUAUUCGUUUAUGGGCAUCCUCAAUACUCUUCGGCAUAAUGCCUUGAGGAUCCACAGCUACCCUGAAGGUAUAUGCCUCAGCCAGGCCAGCAAACUGGGUCUCAUGAGUCUGCAGAGACCCUUCCAGAUGAGCAUUGACAUGGGCUUUAAAACGCGUGCCUUCACAACCAUCUUGAUUCUCUUCGCUGUCUUCAUCGUCUGCUGGGCCCCGUUCACCACUUACAGCCUUGUGGCAACGUUCAGCAAGCGCUUUUACUAUCAGCACAACUUUUUUGAGAUCAGCACCUGGCUACUCUGGCUCUGCUACCUCAAGUCUGCGUUGAACCCACUGAUUUACUACUGGAGGAUUAAGAAAUUCCACGAUGCCUGCUUGGACAUGAUGCCUAAGUCCUUCAAGCUUUUGCCGCGGCUCCCUGGUCACACACGGCGACGCAUACGCCCCAGUGCUGUCUAUGUGUGUGGGGAGCAUCGGACGGUGGUGUGA